GAGCAAUGGAUGAACUUCAUAGCCUGGAUCCAAGAAGACAAGAAUUGUUAGAGGCAAGAUUUACAGGAGUAGUAAGUGGCAGCACUGGUAGUACAGGAAGUUGCAGUGUUGGAGCUAAAGCCUCAACAAAUAACGAAAGUUCAAAUCACAGUUUUGGAAGCUUGGGAUCUUUAAGUGAUAAAGAAUCAGAGACUCCAGAGAAGAAACAGUCAGAACCUUCCAGAGGAAGAAAAAGAAAAGCAGACACUCAGAGUGAAAGCAGCCAAGGCAAGAAUAUUGGGGGACGUGGUCACAAGAUUAGUGACUAUUUUGAGUACCAAGGUGGAAACGGCUCUAGUCCAGUGCGAGGCGUACCUCCUGCAAUCCGAUCUCCUCAGAAUUCACAUUCCGCUCCUUCU